GCCCCACCUGCCGCCUUGCCUCUGGCCAUGGCCUGUUGGUACCUGGCUCUCCUUCUGACCGGGGCCUUCUUGGCAGUCUCCCAGCCAGUCCUGACCCAGCCGGAUGCACUGCUGGUCUUCCCCGGCCAAGUGGCUCAGCUGUCCUGCACGCUCAGCCCCCAGCACGCGUCCAUCUGGGACUACGGCGUGUCCUGGUACCAGCAGAGGGCGGGCAGUGCCCCCCGCUACCUCCUCUACUACCGCUCGGAGGAGGACCACCACCGCCCUGAGGACGUUCCAGACCGAUUCUCGGCCUCGAAGGACGCGGCCCACAACGCCUGCAUCCUCACCAUCAACCCGGUGCAACCUGAGGAUGAUGCAGACUACUACUGCUCUGUGGGCUACGCCUCUGAUCUCUAGGGGGGCGGGACGAGUGCCUCCCCACUGCCCCCCCAGCCUGGCUUCUGCUCCCGACUUGGGCC